AUGAAAAUACUCUACCCAGGCAUUUCCCGCCAUCCCUCAAAAAACCAAUGGUUCUUGGUGACAAAUAACUCUACCUAUGUUAUUGGUAUUGUUGAAAAUGUAUUACUCAACUUACAUUGGGGACCACGGCUGGUUACUAUGCAGGAUGUUGAAUUACCAGCAGAAUUAGAAAAGGAACGAAGUUCACAAGAUCCUGCUAUUACCUCAGCCCGCGAGGAAUGUCCUUUCUUUGGUGGCCUACGAUACGGGCCUGACCUACUGAGAGCUAUUUUUGCAAAUGGCACCAAGGAACUCGACCUUAUAUAUCAUAGCAGCACCUUGGAUCAAUACACACUCACAAUCACUCUAGUAGAUCGUGUUUAUGACUACUUAAAAAUUGAAUUAGAAUACAUACUUGACAUUGAAAACGAUAUGAUUAUUCGCGGCGCUAUUUUGUCUGGCACCAAUGACCCUGAAAAAUGUUUUUAUUUUACCAAGUCGCAAACAGCAGCCUGGCAUCUGGGUCCUCCUGCUCAUGGAACGCAUCGAGAGCUGGUGACGUUGGCAGGCGCUUGGUCGAGUGAAAUGCAGGUUCAGACACACUCGAUGAAACCAGGAACGUCGCACGUCCUUAACUCUGUCCGAGGCAUACCUUCUGCACAAGCAUACCCUUAUUUUGCAAUCAGGGAUCAUGCCAAGGAUGGUGAACAUACAGACUGUGAGGUUUAUUUUGGAACGCUUGGAUGGAGCGGAAACUGGUCUAUAGAAAUAUCUACAGAUAUAGAGAGCAAAACGAGGAUUAUAGGCGGCUGGCAUGAUAGAGAGCCCAAGAUCAAAGUCAAUAGCAAACUGGCUCUUCCUCUCUUUGUUGCCGGUUUCGCGCCGGAUGGCCUCUCUGGAGCACGUAGAAGGCUUACUCGCCAUAUACGUAGAGAAAGAGAACAACAUUUAAGCGAAGAGAACAUUCUCUCGCCUGUCUUGUACAACGGUUGGGAAGCCUGUGGGUUUGGUGUCAACAUUAAAAACCAGAUGGACAUGGCAUCCAAAGCAGCCAAAUUGGGCGCUGAGCUCUUUGUUUUGGAUGAUGGUUGGUUCAAAGGAAGACACUUGGACGACGCUGGCUUAGGAGAUUGGUAUGUGGAUCAAACCAAGUUCCCCGAAGGUCUCAAACCUCUGUCAGACCACGUACACAAACUGGGUAUGAAGUUCGGUUUAUGGUUUGAGCCCGAGAUGGUCAAUCCUGAUUCUGAUUUGUACCGUCAACAUCCUGACUGGGUCUACCAUUACACAGAGCGACCACGCCAUUUGGAAAGAAACCAGCUUGUGUUAAAUAUCACUCGAAAAGAUGUGCGGGAAUAUAUUUUAAAGCGUAUGCGUGAUAUCAUAAAAAGGGCUAACAUAGACUUUAUCAAGUGGGACAUGAAUCGGCCAAUCUCUGAGGCAAACGGAGAUGGAGUCGUAUCGUGGAUUAUGCAUCCCAGGUUUGUACAUUCUAUGAUGGAAAAGCUGAAGCAAGAGUUUAAACACUUGCGGAUCGAGACAUGUGCCUCUGGAGGAGGACGCGCAGAUUUGUCUAUGCUCAAAAUAACUAACUUGUGCUGGCCAAGCGAUAACACUAGACCAGAUGCACGGCUCAAGAUACAGUACGGUGCUUCAUUUGUGAUGCCUCCAAAUAUGAUGAGCUGUUGGGUAACUGAUAUGCCAAACGACGAUGUGUAUUGCAUUUUCCCCAUUUCCUACCGCUUCCACGUGUCCUUUAUGGGGGCUUUAGGUAUUGGCUCCGACUUGACAAAGCUAAGUGAGGCUGAACUUGAACUCUAUCGAGGCUGGAUUGAGCUGUACAAGACAAUAAGGCCCAUUCAACAAAAGGGAGACUUGGAAUUUCUGGUUCCUCCAGAUUCAAACAAAACUCAACCUGUCAUCACUCAAACAACAGCUGGAGAAGGAAAUGCCUCAGUUGUCUUGGCAUUCAGAGAGUCUAGUCCGUUCUGGUUACCAAUUGGCCCUAUUCGGUUAAGAAAUUUGAAGAAAUUGUGCGUCUAUCACGUUCAGAUCUGGGAAGACAACCCUUUUGUUCCUGUUUUCACGGGCGAUAUGACAGGGAGUUCUCUUAUGGCUAAGGGGCUCCCGUUACCUUAUUUAACUUCAAAGGCGUAUAGUAGCGUGGUCAUCCUGUUACAGAUAAAGAUUCAAUAA